AUGGAAACCUUCAGGAUGAUUGAAGUGAUGAGGAACAGGAAUAGGUUUUCGGAAGGGGACUAUGGAAGGUACAAGAACUAUCUUAAGGUCCAGAUGAGGGGUCUGGGUUCUGGGGAGGGCAGGGACCUGUACAAACUGGAAUCGAAUCUAUCGAAGUUUCUUAUCUUCAACUCCACAGGCUUUUUGAAGAGUAACCUUCGGAUACUUAGAAGGGACGGAUCGGAGUUUGGAGCUAUGUACAGCUGCCUUACAAAGGGCAUUCUUGAAAACGCCAUGAAAAAACCAAUCGAUACCAAUGCCCUUGUAGGACUCCGGGGGCGCUUGGCGGGAUGUAAAACAUUUGUAAAUCAGAUUGAUGCACUACUUGAGUCUCCCUCAUCCAACUUCGAUGUUUCUUCCCUAAGGGUUAGGCACAUGUGGAAUGACAUAUCGGUUGGAUUCAAUAGCGAGGCUGAAAGGAACGAGUUCCUGGAGGGAAAGGCACCCCUGGAUGAUGGAUACGACGCAGACAUUGCGAAAGGCAUACUAAAGGUGGAGAGGAGAAGGGCACAACUCCUUUCUCUCAUUGAGUCCAAGCCCACCAGGGUUAUAUGCAUUGACAAGAAGGCGGAGAGGCUUCUGGAGGCUCUUAGAAGAUUGAAGGCGAUUCUGGGUGAGAAUCUUGUUGAGUCUGGCUAUGUCGAACAAGCAGUAAAGGAUGCAGAGGAGUUGAAGUCCUACUAUUCACGGAUUGCCAUGUUCAUGAAGUGCCUGGAGUGGGAUGGCUCAAUAGAUACAUUCAGCGUUCCCUUGUCGUUCAAGAUGCUGGAAUCCCGAAUUCUAAAAGUAAGAGAGGAUUUCUCCUAUGUUCCGAGGAAAUAUCCUAGGAGUGUGGUGAUAAGAUAUUUAGAGGAUUCUCUUAGACCUAGAAGGCCCACUAUAAAGACCCCAUUCAUACCUGUGCUGUUCGACAUAGCCCGCGACUAUAUAUCAUAUCCUGCUGAGGAUGGAAGAAUAUCAGAGGUACUCAAGAAGCUUGAUAUGUCCAAAUGA